CAAAUGAUCACGCAUGCGCAUUCAUUCAACCAAGAUUUUACGAUUUUACGUUAGUGCGAAGAUUGUAAUCAUGUUUGGAAUUACGGGUAUUCUCGACGAUGUCUUGGGUGAUGAGGUAAAACCAAAAAAGCGAUCCCAUUUAAAAACAGCCUUGGAGUUGCAUGAAAAUGAUGACAGAGAUAAAUGCAAGUCUUUAGACUUUCUACAGUUGGAAGAUGCUAUUCUUGUGCUAUUGGCUAGAGGUUUAGAAAAGGACUUACGAUCUUUAAUAAGAGGUUUCGUUAAUAUUGGAGAAUUAAGAUUUCAAAACUUCCUCACUAUAUGGAAUGAGCAAAACUUCCAUACAAUAUUUUUUCAAAAAUCAUCUUAUAAGAUGGUGAGAGUAACAACACUAAUUAGCUAUUUUAGAGUUUUAUCUAUGCUGGAUAAUGCUGAAGUCUUAAAAGUGGUUGCUGUAUUAUAUUGCUUAUAUUGCCUGUUCAAUGUUCAAGUAUGUUUACCGAAAGUUAGAAUUCCUAUUACAAUGGAGAAAUUUGAAUACUUUAAAGACUUGUCCGACCAUUCAUUACAAACUGGACAAUAUGACGUUUAUUAUUGUUUUAGAAAAAUGCAAACUCUGCAAGCCUUUGAUUUUGUAGUAAAGGAAUCAAUUGGUCUACCGUAUUUUUCUAUUAGAUUUGGUAAAAGUAUAUUUAAAGAACUUGAAAUAAACAAUCCCGCUUCUGCUCCUGAAGAAGAUAAACCAAUUUUGGAAAAAGUUGGCGUCGCAAAUGAAGAUCUUGAUUAUUAUAAAGGAAUACUAGAUAGUUAUCACGCCCAUAGAAUGGAUUUAGCAUUGAAAAGGGAUACAUUUUCAAUAUCCUACUCCUCUCAAAAAUUCUAUGAUAACUUAGUAGCGAGUAUGGAAAAGUUCGAUAAAUGGAAAACUAUCAACCCGGGCCAGAGCUUAGAUGAGAACGCUGAUAUUGACGAUAUUAACUUUUCCGACGAUGAGCUACACGAAAUUUUGAGCCACAAACAAGAAAGAUGUGAUGAUUCGGAUGAUGAAGAUUUUGUACCUCCAUCAAAGGAAGAAGUUGUAAGCAAACCGAAAAAGCUUACCAGAAGACAAGAAAUUAUAUCUAGAGCUUUUCAAACACAAGUUGAAGCUUCCGUCCAUAAAACAAAAAAAACGGUUUGCUUUGAUGAGGAGAGUAUAACGACGAAAGAUUCAGACGUGAGUGACAAUGACAGUGUAAGAAGAAGUAAAAAAUCAAGAACAAAAAUGGUCUCUAUUAGACAUUAA